UUCUUUCCUCUCCCCUCCCCAAUAUACAUUUUUUUUAAGAGGACGAAGGGUGGCUCUGAACUCAUAGGCUUGCACAUCCUUGGUCACUGAAGGGCAAUCAGCCUUGUAGAAUGGACUGUGGAAGGUGCUGCCGCUUUCCAGAAACUUCCCUUUUCACAAGGCUCGAAAAGGGACUGCAACUACAUCUCACCCCUUUGCAGUUGUUUUGUUUUUAGUUUGAUUUCCCCAGGACAGUGAAAAACCCACUGUCAUACUAUCUUGGCAGGAGAGAAAAAAGUGUGUGAAGUUGCUCUAAUUUAAAAGCAUUUGCCCUACCAAAAUCUAAAACAUCUAAAAAUCUAAGUUCCCUUUAUUUCCUUUGCAGCACACAUUUCACUUAUGGUACACAUUUCCUGCAGGGUCCCUCUCCAAAUUAGUAAUUCCGUUCCUACAAGAAUGCUUUUUUUUUUUUUUUUUUUUAAUGUCAAAGGGGUGAAGAAUCAGGAUGAUUUCAUCAGGCAACAAAUCACAGACCAGCUGGGCAGAGCUUAUUUAAACCACGCCCACAGGCUUUUUUGCUCUGUUUUCAGAUGUCCAUCUCAUUCAUCAGAGUCUCUUGGCUCCAUCAAGACGAUAGGUGGUGAAUAGCCUUCAUAAAAAUGUCAACUGCGGAGUCCACCUCCCCGGGUCGCGUGGGAGAAAACCGUAAAAAGCUCCAAGAAAAAUGUCUCAGAAUCGUCUCCCCCGUGUCUCCUGCUCGGCUUUACUGCUGUUAUGCAGUGAUCAUUGUCCUCACUGGAGCUGUGAUUGCACUUUCUGUGGCUCUGUCAUUGUCAGGAAAGACAGAACAGAUCUCACGCAACAAUACCUAUGCUGUUUGUCCAAGAAACUGGAUUGGAUUUGGAAAUAAAUGUUUUUAUUUUUCUGAAGACAUGGAAAACUGGACAUUCAGCCAGAACUACUGCAGGGCACUAGGGGCUCAACUAGCUCGAUUUGACAACCAAAAGGAGCUGAAUUUCCUGAAGAGAUACAAGGGGUCAUUUGACCACUGGAUCAGCCUGCACAGAGAGUCAUCACACCGCCCUUGGAUGUGGGCAGACAACACCGAAUAUAACAACUUGGUUCCCAUCCGAGGAGAAGGAGAUCAUGCCUACCUGAGUAACAGAGGGAUCAGCAGUGGCAGGGACUACAUGCAGAGGAAGUGGAUUUGUAGCUUGCCCAACAGCUACACUUUACAGUGUCCAGAAGUUUCACAGCUUGUGUAGAGAGUGUGUCAAAGUGAUCAUGAGAGAUCUGUAGCAUGUUAUCUACAGUUACAGCUUCAUUUAGUUAUCUUUUAAAAUGUUGUAAAAGGAACCGUCUGUGUCCUGCUGCCCUGCGAGCUUAACCCCUGAAAUAACCACACGGAAAUUGUAUUAAUUA